GGAUGUCACCUCCUACUCCGUUGAGUACUGCGUCAGUGGAGAGGAUGGAUGGCAAGAAAAGACAGCAUCAAAGGCUGAAGAAGUCACAGUGAGCGAUCUGAGUCCUAACACAGAGUAUGUGUUCAGAUGCAGAGCAGUGACCUCAGUAGGUGUUGGGCCAGCCAAUGAAGUCAGUGGUUCCAGUAAAACAUUGCCUUGCAGCCCUCCUGGAAAAUUUCAAGUUGAACCAAACUCAAGUGAGAUAUCAGCUAGCUGGCAGAAACCUGCUGAGCUUGGACGCGAUGUCCAGGUUUUGAGCUACAUGGUGGAGUACGCCCAAAGAGACAAAGGGUUGAAAAACAAAGAUCUCCAAUGGAAACAAACAAUGUCAAGAGCUGAAAAGGUGGUGAUUUCAGGGCUUCAGUCAGAGACAGAAUAUGUUGUCAGGGUCAGAUGUGAUUGUGGUGUGGCUGGCGGAAGCAAGGAAAGCAUCACUGUUGAUGUCUGCACAACAAAAUGUGAAUUUGCUCGCCUUGCAGAAUUCCUGAAACAUAUUAGCAUGAAUUUGCAUUCUGAAUCCCCCUCACUUUACCAGUUGCCACUGGAAGAAGAAGAUUUGGACAUAGAUGGAUGCCGGAGGUAUAAAUUUGGCAAAGAAAGCAUGAGGCAGAAUCGUACUAUCAUGCUUCUUGGUGCGACAGGAUCAGGAAAGUCUACUCUGAUCAAUGGAAUGUUCAACUACAUUGUUGGUGUAGAGUGGCAGGACAAUUUUAGAUUUAAACUAAUUGUUGAGGAUCAGUCAAGAUCCCAAGCUGAAAGCCAGACCUCUGAGGUCACUGUGUAUAAAAUCAACUACCAAGAAGGGUUUAAAAUCCCCUUCUCUCUGACAGUUGUGGACACACCAGGGUUUGGGGAUACAAGAGGAAUAGGAAGAGACAAGGAGAUCACAGAACAAAUCCGGAGGCUUUUCACCUCAGUUGAUGGAGUCAGUGAGAUUGAUGCAGUGUGUUUUGUUACUGAAGCCUCUCUUGCACGACUAACAGCAACACAACGAUAUGUGUUUGACUCUGUACUAUCCAUUUUUGGCAAAGAUGUGGCAGAGAACAUUGAGAUGCUGGUGACUUUUGCAGAUGGCAAGCAGCCACCGGUUCUUGAGGCAAUAAAUGUCUCUGGAGUUCCAUGUCCAAAAAAUGACUUAGGGCUUCCAGUUCACUUCAAAUUCAACAACUCAGCAUUGUUUGCAGACAACAGAUGCAUCAGUGACCGGGCCUGUGAUGAGGAUUCAGAUGAUAAUGACUUUGAUGAAAUGUUUUGGAACAUGGGUACCAAAAGUAUGAACAAGUUCUUCACUGCUUUGGGUAAAAUGACAACCAAAAGCUUGCUAAUGACUCAAGAGGUUCUAAAAGAACGAAAGCACCUUGAAACAGCCAUUGAAGGUUUGCAGCCGCAAGUUAGAGCUGGAUUAGCAAAACUUGAAGAAAUUGAAACAACCAAAGAAAAGAUCAAAGAGCAUGAAACAGUCAUGACUUCAAAUGAAAACUUUGAGAUUGAGGUGGAAAUUAUUAAGCCAGUCAAAAAACAGCUCACACAGAAGGGACAGUACAUUACCAACUGUCAGAAAUGUUCAAUAACAUGCCACUACCCAUGUGCAAUAGCAGAUGAUAUUAAAAAAAAUGGCUGUUCAUCAAUGGAUAGGAUGGGGAUGUGCACUGUCUGCCCUGGAAAAUGCAUUUGGAGUGUGCAUUCAAACCAGACAUACAGUUGGGAGUAUGUUAAAGUGAAAGAGAAGCAAACACUGCAAGAGAUAAAAGACAAGUAUGAAAAAGCUACGAAAGAAAAGAUGACUACCCAGGAAGUGAUUGAAAGGCAAGAGGAAGAGAUUUCUCACCUUCAAGACAUGAUCGUGUCCCUCAUGGAUCAGUCUGCUCACUGUAUAACUCGUCUGCAAGAGAUCGCCCUGAGGCCCAACCCUCUGACCGCUCCAGAGUACAUUGACAUGCUGAUUGAAGGGGAAAGGUCUGAGGCCAAAGAGGGCUACCAGGCUCGAAUCCAGUCUUUGGAGGCAGUGAGGGACAGGGCAAAAAUCAUCUCCAAGGUGGCCAAAAGAGAUAAACUUAAAAAAACAGAGGAGGAAUUGUCUGAAGAAAGACAGGAGAUGAAAGAAAAGAAAAGUCUCUUUAAGAAAUUUAUAAAUUUCCUUGGAUUUAGGGAGUAACAAAAAAGUCUGUAUAGCCGUGCUAGCAGCUGCCACAAUGAUGAAUGAUAACACUUAAAGUACAGCUAAGUCAUGCAAGUAUAAGCAUUUUCAUGUGCUCACAAUGUUAUAUGUUAAUGCAAAUAUUAGCAUUAGCCUGCUAGCAUUUAUAUUAUUAUCAUCACAACAUGAUGAUUUGUACGGAAGCACGCUACAGCUGGUGUUAUAUGCGCGAAGGCAGAUCAACAAAAUUGAUUCACUCUUUGGGGAUCAUGAAUAUAUUCAUUUCAGCGGUAAUUCAUCCAACAGUGUUUUUUCUUUUUAUUUUAUAAAUGGUCAACGACCAGACAUGGUGAAAGAGUACAAUCUGAAUGUUGUCUUAAAUACGGUUAAUAUUUCUUAUCUGUGCUUGUUGGACUAAUGCAGUGUCAUUUAAUGUCGGCAGGAGCUUUGGUGCCAUGCAGAUUUUUGGAGGACAAAAGCAUUUAUUUGCAUCACAUUUAUUUUGUUCUUUUAACUACUUAGUACUCAUAUACUGUACCUAUAAUAUGAGAUAAUCACUGACUUAUACUCAACAGACUUUGAGACAUAUUUUAGGGAAGGUCUGUUAUACUGUAACUCUACUAGUAUCUAAUGAGAUGUUGAUAUAAAGACAGUCACCAGUCACAUUUCUGUUGAUUUUACGCGCUUUAAUUUCACACGUGAUGCAAUUGAAUAUGUGGUGUUCUGUUUGUUUCAUUUUCUCUCUUUUUAUUUGUAUCUCAUCUACCCUAAACCAUGAACGUAGGCAGUGUGAUUGCUAAAAUAGAUGAUUCAUGUAUGUGCAGUAUUGAUGUGAUUUAUACAGCGGUGUUCAACCCAAGAGGGGUUUGUGCUAAGUGAAAGUGCUCCUCUCCACAUCGGCCAACACAGAUUGUGAUUUUUUGUCCUCAGACCACAUGUAGACUUUUACAUUACUCUGGCCGUCAACUAACAGAUAUUUUCGUCAUUGAUUUAUCUGCUAGUUAUUUGUUGAAUUAUUUUGUUUUCUAAAAUAUAAGUGAACAAUGACCAUCGCAGUUUCACAGAGCCCAUGGUGAUGUGUCCAACGUAAGAACAGAAAAAAGCAGGUGCUUCUCAAUAUGUAGUAAAUGUUUGGCAUUUUUGUUGGAAACUUUGUCAAUCGACUAGUAAAUUA